GGGUCAAGACGUCCGGCCUUCGCGGCCCGAGCCAGGCCGCCCGGGCUCCUGGGCAAGCUCCGGACGGGCGGCGGGUGGCGAGGGCUCGGGGCUCCGGGCCCUCGAUCCGGGUCGCAGGAUCGUCCGCCAUCUCCACCGCCGCCGCACUGGGAGCUGGCAGGGAUGGAGCGGGAGGCGUCGUCGUGGGGCCUCGAGCCCGGGGAUGCGCACGGUCCUGACGAAGUGGGCAGCCCCGAAGGGUCUCUCAAAGGCAACACAAGUGAGAAUGAAGAGGAAAUUUCUCAACAAGAAGGCAAUGGGGACUAUGAAGUUGAAGAAAUACCUUUUGGGCUUGAGCCACAAAGCCCAGAGUUUGAAUCCCAGAGCCCCAGGUUUGAGCCUGAAAGCCCAGGGUUUGAGACCCGAAGCCCUGGGUUUGUGCCCCCAAGCCCUGAGUUUGCACCCAGAAGCCCUGAAUCAGAUCCUCAGAGCCCCGGGUUUGAAUCCCAGAGUCCUAGGUAUGAGCCCCAAAGCCCUGGCUAUGAUCCCAAGAGUCCUGGCUAUGAACCCGGGAGUCCUAGGUAUGAGCCCAAAAGUCCUGGCUAUGGUUCGAAGAGCCCCGAAUUCGAAUCUCAAAGCCCAGGGUAUGAAUCCCAGAGUCCCGGGUAUGAACCGCAGAACUCUGGAGAUGAAGUUCAGAAUCCCGAGUUCAAAACCCCUAGCCCUGAUUUUAAAACUCAAAGUUCCAAAUUCGAGGAAGGUGCAGAGAUGCUUCUGAACCCCGAGGAAAAGAACCCAUUAAGCCUCCCCCUAGGAGUUCACCCCCUGGACUCCUUUCCUCAGGGGUUUGGGGAGCAACCCACAGAAGCACUGCCUCUAGGGGCACCAUUUGAUAUGCCUGCGGGGCCCCUGCUGGCGACGCCCCAGUUUGAGAUGCUCCAGAAUCCCCUGAAUCUGACAGGGAGCCUCCGCGGCCCGGGCCGCAGGGGCGGCCGGGCCAGGGGCGGGCAGGGCCCCCGGCCUAACAUCUGCGGCAUCUGCGGCAAGAGCUUCGGGCGGGGCUCCACCCUCAUCCAGCACCAGCGCAUCCACACGGGCGAGCGGCCCUACAAGUGCGAGGCGUGCAGCAAGGCCUUCUCGCAGAGCUCCGACCUCAUCAAGCACCAGCGCACGCACACCGGCGAGCGGCCCUACAAGUGCCCCCGCUGCGGCAAGGCCUUCGCCGACAGCUCCUACCUGCUCCGCCACCAGCGCACGCACUCCGGCCAGAAGCCCUACAAGUGCCCACACUGUGGGAAGGCCUUCGGCGACAGCUCCUACCUCCUGCGGCACCAGCGCACCCACAGCCACGAGCGGCCCUACAGCUGCCCCGAGUGUGGCAAGUGCUACAGCCAGAACUCGUCCCUGCGCAGCCACCAAAGGGUGCACACCGGGCAGCGCCCCUUCAGCUGCGGCAUCUGCGGCAAGAGCUUCUCGCAGCGCUCGGCGCUCAUCCCCCACGCCCGCAGCCACGCCCGCGAGAAGCCCUUCAAGUGCCCCGAGUGCGGCAAGCGCUUCGGCCAGAGCUCGGUCCUGGCCAUCCACGCCCGCACCCACCUGCCCGGGCGCACCUACAGCUGCCCCGACUGCGGCAAGACCUUCAACCGCUCGUCCACGCUCAUCCAGCACCAGCGCUCGCACACGGGCGAGAGGCCGUACCGCUGCGCCGUGUGCGGCAAGGGCUUCUGCCGCUCCUCCACGCUGCUGCAGCACCACCGCGUGCACAGCGGCGAGCGGCCCUACAAGUGCGACGACUGCGGGAAGGCCUUCUCCCAGAGCUCCGACCUCAUCCGCCACCAGCGGACCCACGCGGCCGGCCGCCGCUGACGGGCCGGGGAGGGGGGCGGGGCCGAGAAACCGCCGGGGAGGAGAGCGGAAGGGCGGAACGUUCUAGAAGAUGGGCCAGCGUGCCGGAAGUCACAUGCCCUCGAGAAGUAUGAGACGUGGGCUGUGGAGGGAGGCCAGACGGGCGGCCCCGGGAGGGAGAGAUCCGCGUUGCCCAUGUCGGCAGCAGGGUGCUCUUCGGCCGGGGGAGUCUGUUCUGGCAAAGUACUAGACGGGGAGGGGGGAGGGCAGGGGAGUGUCCGUUAGAGUAGGCUAGCUUAGGUUGGUAGCUGCUGAGACCCUAGUGAAACCAGAAGAGGGCAAAGGGUAGGUAGGUGGGGAGCGAGGCCCAAGGGUCGGGCCUGGGCCUCUCAGAGCAAACCCCGUCCCGCCUUGUCUUCCACAGGCUUUGGAGCCGUUUGAGUUCAAUAAAACCUUUAUGUGGUAAGA